AUGGCGUUUAUGGGGCGGAUGGCGGGCAGUCGCAUUUUCUCAGAGCUGUGCGGCUCGAUCGUGAAUCUGAGGAUGUACUCCUCAAGGGUGGACUGGAAGCAGCUGCGGCCCAUGAUUCUAAAGAGGAUCAAGAACCGUACAAAGGAUUAUCCUAUCAAGCGAAUGAUCCCGGUAGCCCAGGAGGUGGUCAGGGCCAGAGAGAUUCUCACGGAAGGCGUCUCAAUACUUCUCAGAGCUGUCCCUGUACAUUCAUGCAAGUUUUGUCCUGCAAUUCAUGUUGGAGCAAUGGCACAUCAGAUGAAAACAUGUCAUGGUUUCAAACGUAUGAUCAAGGAUCGACCUCACCAAUGGGGCCCGGGCGGCUUGAAUAACAUCCUUGUCCCUGUUGAGGCCUUCCAUCAGGAAAACAUGUUUCAGGAUGAGAUAAGGCAUGACCAGAGGUUCGACUUCACUCGUGUCCCGGCUGUACUCGAGCUAUGUCAUCAGGCAGGUGCAGAGCUACCUGAAGGACUCCUAUACGGACGUGAUGAGCUAUGUACGGCAGCUGAAGCUAACAACCAAAAUCCUGCCCCUUUGCUAUCUUCUGAACUUAGAUUGGUAGGUCAAAGAACACUGGAAGCAUGGGAAAGGCUCAGAUUAGGUGUGACAAAACUCCUAUUGGUCUACCCAUCCAAAGUGUGCGAGAAUUGCUCUGAAGUGCAUGUUGGGAUAUCAGGGCAUAAGGCCAGGAUGUGUGGAGUAUUUAAGUUUGAGGGCUGGCGGGGAAAACACAAGUGGAAGAAGGCUGGAGUGGAUGACCUGGUUCCUCAAAAGAUUGUGUGGCAUCAACGGCCUCAUGACCCACCAAUUCUGGUGGACAGUGGGCGAGAUUAUUAUGGUCAUGCUCCUGCUGUUGUGGAGCUUUGUGUGCAAGUAGGUGCAAGAGCAUCACCAAAAUAUAAUUGCAUGAUGAAGGAGCAUGGCUUAGCACCACCUGUUCAAAGAGACCAGGCCACAUAA